CGACUGAUCCGACACUGUCAAUCUGUCGUGAAUGGAAAGGAAGAAGAUUUUCGCGAGCGGCCCAGUUUAGCAUUGAGCUCCCAGUCAGUAGCCAGCCAACCCGAGCCGACGCCUUCUGUGAGCCUUGCAGUGCCAUUACCACCUGAGGCAGCUUUGCAAACCAACGAAUCCCAACCUGGAAUGAACCUUCAUAUGCCAGUUCCAGAGCCCUACGAAGGGACAAAUAUUAACGUCACAAUUCAUGGCAUACAAUCUCCCGGGAGCUCUGCUGUGCCGUUCACACCAAUUUCUAUGCCCGAGCCCAGCAUCUCCGUGGCUGUCGCGAUGUCAUCGUCUUCCACGAUGUUAGGACAGAUCGUUGAUAUCUCUCUAACCCCCAUUGUGCCCGGCCCGCAGGUCAAACGAUACGACAGGCAUGUUCCCAUGUACGCAAAUUAUACUAUGUCGAGUUGAGAAAGGUCCUUUGAACUGUUCAGAGGAGCUUGCUGCAGUAGAAGGGUGGGAGCCGCUCACGCACCCGGAAGGCGCCUUAUUCUUCUAUCGGUCCCGUAAAAGAAUUUUCACUGAUGCCGAUGUUCGAGAUCCUGCAAUUAGUCUCGAAAUAAACAAAGCUGUUGAGAUGGCGUACGAAGGUGCGCGGAAGGCAAAAAUCGUCUUGGGUCCAUCCGUCGAGCUUGCAUUGGAGCUUAUUGCGGAGGCGAACAAAAAAAAUUGGGGCUAUUACUUUGUCGACCACGACAGACGUGUCAUUUUCUGGUUCGAAGACUACGAAUCUCCUCACCUUAUGAAUAAUGUUCGAGGUGUAGAGCGCAAAAGCCACAUCAAGUAUGCAUUGGAUUCACAGUAUUGGAGACAUAUUGAGCUAUUUCCAAACAAACGCAUCCUUCCAGAAGAUAUUGUUGUAACGCUCAAAGAAAUUGUCAUGCAUGCUCAUACAGAAAACAUUACUUCUGAAACGUGCCUGGCACCUUUUGCCUCGAGUGAAGUUGCAAGUAUGCUUGGCCUCGUAGAUCAUCUCAAGGGCAGUACUAACAAGGAGCGCGAGCACUCCGUGUGGAUUGCUGCUCGAUCGAUGAGGCUUUUCUGCAACGCAAAGUUUGUGAAUUUCUGUGGACAACCAGGUGCCCGACUUGACGUAGAUCAAUCGCUAUACGGAGAACAUGACACCCGCUUGAAUAAGAUCAUCCUUCGUAUCAUGAAUGUUAUUCUGUUUGGAUCUCCAGUUGCUCAAAGCAAGGCAAUUCACAGGAUAUGGGUCGAUGAAACCAUUGUUCAACCGCGAUGGAAGGACUUUAUCGAUAGGAUGAUCACCGAAUGGAAUGGAUAUACAAUAUUUUCUACUGUGAUGCUCGCUGUUGAUAUUAGUUUUCUCGCGGUCCCAGCUAUGGCGACUCAAACGGCCGCGAUCGCUCUAACAUAUCUGUCUUGCCUCUGCGCCCUGGGCUCUUUAGUGGUCUCGCUUGUCUUGGCUGGCCAAGUUAAUGACAGCCGGCGAGGCUCUGCUGCAGACGUAGCCUCUUUCAUGGUAGGAAUAUUACAGUCUAUGUUCGGCCUCGAAAGCCUUGCCCUGAUGCUCAGCCUACCGUUUGCACUUCUGAUUUGGGGAAUGGCGUUCUUUGCUGGAGCAUUGUCCACCCUGAUCUUCCGCACUUCUAGUGUUGUCGUCAUUUCAAUUGCAUCUCCAAUUUGGGUCGCCGUAUUCGUCCUGGCGAUGUGGCCCGUACUUACCGCCAAUAAUAUCCACAUUUCUCGCCUAAGGUCCUGGAUUAUAGAACAAGCUUCAUCUCAGGCUGUGGAGCCCAUCUUUGGUGUCUAAUCUGUGUUCAGAGAUUUUCUGUGGCGCGACACGCAUACAGUUGGUACAUGGUGUUUUGCGAGUUUAUUUACAUGAUACACAUUUUCUCUUGGAUAGCCCCACACAGAGCUUACCAGCU